AUGCUACUGGUGCUGCUGUGGCACCUGCACAGUCUUCAUCCUAUGGGUCCUCCUGGUCACUUGGACCACGCAAUGCGGCGUGACCACCUUUCCUGUGACUGGACGCCAUCGUGGGCGGUGCCAAAACAGGAAGAGCCACAAGACCUUUGUGUGGAACAUAUCUUGGCGUCCAACGCCAUCGCGGAUGGUACGAUCACUCCCUAUGAGAUGGGCACGUCGUUAAACAUGAAUGUGGAUCCCGCGCUCAACAUCGACCUGACCGGGGCUUGGUGGAUGGAUGGCAAUCCGGCCAUUUUUGAGCAAGUGGUCUCCUUCGCCGGUGCUGUUGGCGCAGCCCCCUUUCCCGUGAGCAUUCCCAUGCCCACCAACUUCAAAGGCCGUUGGACGUACUCCGACACCCUGCUCGCUCGUUUGGUUAUGGCCUACCAUGCCUGGACGACCGCGGUGAACGAUGCACACCUGUUCAUGUUUGCGAAUAGCACCUCAGCGGAGAUCGUCCCUGUGGCCCAAGCGGCCUUUGGGGGGGCAGAACUUUGGCUUCAACAAAAUCAGCAACGACGAAUGGAACCGCGGGGAUGUCUACACUCUGCGGCGGAUCAUCUACGAGGACGGUACGCCACAUCCGGUCUUUUGGCCGAACUUCUUGAAUUGGUAUCGCAGCAUCCAGCCUAA